ACCUGAUUUUGAGAAGACAUGGAGCUGCCUCAGCCUGCUAGGUCUCAGGAAUAGAAGCUUUAAUCCAACAAGCCUAGCUUGCUGCAGCCUGGAACCCUCCCAGCAUCUGAACAGCCAGGGUGCCCAAUGGCCUUGCCGGAAGGGGUUGAGAAACACUGGUAAUGGAAAUGAAGAAGGUACACAGAAGGAGAAGCACCAGGUGCUGAAUGAAGAACAAUGGAAGUGAUGUCCUCUGUCUACAGAAUGUGGACUCCAGCAGGGCAACAUGACCGGACCCUCACCUGAAGGAAGUAUCUCUGAGGGAAUUCGUCUCUGGCAUCCUUGCUAAAAUUGCCAACAAGGAAAUCGCCUGAUUCUCAUUUGGCUUCCAUCUACACCAAAGCCCAUUUCCAGGCUCUGGCAAUGUAAAGGGGAUUUAAACUGGAAGCGUUCACUCUCCCUCCACAAGUAUGGCAACCUCUGCACAAUACAGACAGCUUAUAAAUGAUUACGGACCCCCGUCUCUAGGCUAUACACAAGGGAUGCAGGGUACCAGCAGCAGUCAAGUACCACAAAGCAAAUAUGCAGAACUUCUAGCUAUCAUAGAAGAAUUAGGAAAAGAAAUUAGACCUACAUAUGCUGGAAGUAAAAGUGCCAUGGAGAGGCUAAAACGAGGCAUCAUUCAUGCUAGAGGAUUAGUUCGGGAAUGCUUGGCUGAGACUGAACGGAAUGCAAGAUCCUAGCCUACUAAUUAAGUUACAAGACUUUCCAUCUCUUUCUGAAGAAAAACGUAAUACUUUUUCCUUUUGAAACAUGCAGAUGAAUCUUUUUAUUUUGAAUGUUUUACUCUUUUUUUUGUCCUUAUGAAAAUGUACAGUUAAGAAUGAAUGAGAAGAUUUUUCAAUUUAUUGAGGGUUUACAUUUUUUUUAGAUGUUAAACUCCCCAAAUUCUUUCUAAAAGGUUACGACUAAAACUGCAUGCAGAGGAAUGUUUUCUCUCCCGCAGACUAUACUUAAGUUCCUUUCUUAUCCAGCCACAGUCUUUUUUUUUUUUUUUUUUAAAUUUCUUUCACUAUAUUCACUUAACCCCCCAUGGUCAAUCUUUCAACCUUUGACAUAAGCUCUAAGGAUUUUUUUUUAAAUAACUGCACUGGUAGCAUGUUUUACCUAGUAGUCGGCUAUACUCACACAGUUUGCCACACAGAUAGACCCUGCUUAGAAAUAACCCUUUUUUUGCAUAAGCAUUUGCAUGAUUGUUAGUGCUUUGGAGUCCAUUUAAAGUGCAUGAGUUAUAAAUACAGAAGAUAGAGCAACCUAACAAACAAUAACAAGGUCCCAGAAAACUAAUUUUCACCCUAAGGCUGAAGAUUUCAAUUUUAAGUUUGCCAAAAAACAAAAUUCUGGAUAAAUUACUAAAACUUAUUUGCAUCUUUGUAUGUAUUUAUUACUUGAUGUAAUAAAGCUUAUUUUCAUUA